CUCGGCUCCUCGUCCAGCCUCUCAUCCUCAUUCACCCAUCGUACUCGCAUCGUCGCUCCAUUAGGUGCUCAUCAUCCUCUCGCUCCUACCUCCUCGCUGUUUCACAGCUCGCAUCUUCACCACAGCACACCAUACGUCUCCGUUGCGCACCUCGUUCAACGUCAGACCUCGCAUGCAAGAUGGCUGUGCCAGCCACUUUGCCAGCAUUGGUGGUGGGAAGCAUGGAAGCGGCUGCGUCUGGUGCUUAUCAAGCAGCCGUUCAGAGUGCUAGUCAAGCGUCUGAUGGCUCGCCCAGCAGACAAGUGGAGAUGCACAUGCUCGAUCGCAUCACCGAUGGUCAGCAAGCCUUCUCGCCCUCUUCGUACUCCUUGGUGCACAUUAUCGUUCCCGGUGUUCAGCUCACCCAGGCCCUCUAUGCCAUCUUGGCUCCAACACUAGCACCAAAAGGUCAGCUCAUACUCAACCGGACAGAUUCGGAUGGCAGCGUAGACAUUAGCAUCGGCAGGCAGUUGAGCGCUUUGGGACUGCAAGAUGUGACCAUCAAAGGUGCUGAUCACAUCACCGCCAUCAAGCAAAGCGCUGCUGAUACCUCUGCAGCUGGCACGCCUACCACUUCGUCUUCGCUCUCGAAUGCAGACGUCGCAGCUAGCGCUAGCACGAGCAACGGCACCGCGAGUGGAGUUAGCGCAUCGCUCCCACUUCGUUCGCGUCUCAACAAGCCCAAAGUGAAUGGCAGUGCCGAGUCGCGAGCCAAGAAAGCAGCGUUGUGGGCCACGCAACCUUUCGACGAUAGCAUAGAUCCGAGCACAUUGCUUUCGGAAGCGGAUAGGAUACCCGCCAAAGCUGUGCGGCGCGAAGAUUGCGAUCUGGAAUCUGCAUUGGCGGGAGGGAAGAGGCGCAAAGCUUGCAAAGGGUGCACUUGCGGAUUGAGAGAAAUGGAAGAACAAGAAGCGUUGGAUGCUGCUCGAAAUCGAAACGAUGCGGUGAUCAAGCUACAGGAAAACAAUGAUUUGCCCAUUCCCGUAGCGGGAGAUGCAGCAGGAGCAGCAGACGUGCAGAAUGGAAAAGGUCAGAGGAUGGAGACGACGGAGACUGUGACGGAUGAGAAUGGUGUGACUAGAGUGGUCAAGAGGGUCAAUGUGGAUACGCGAGGCGCUACGAGCAGCUGCGGAAGCUGCUUUUUGGGAGACGCGUUCAGGUGCAGCUCUUGUCCCUAUCUUGGUCUGCCCGCUUUCAAACCUGGAGAGAAGGUGGAGAUCCCGAUUGGCAUGGAUGACGAUCUCUAAGCGGUGCUGCUUUGCCAGAUCACAGCAACACGUCACUCGUUCGAAUCACAUCAUCACGUUCGGUCCUUGAUCAGUAAUAGACCUGCUUAUAGAAGAGGCCCUACAAGUCAUGAUGCGUCAUCGAUCGCUGCAGGUGCGGCGCAAACACUCGUGCUGGCGCAGCAUACGCGCGUGCCCAUAUCGAGCUGGUCAAUUCACGGUGUACUGAGCGAAAAUGAUUCCGGCCUGCACGAGGCGUGGUUCAUGCUGUUGGAGAGGUGUUCGUACGGCGACAAUCACGGGGUAGUGGUCGCAUUGAUUUGGAGAUAUGUCGUGUAUCGGUCACACGGGGUACAAGCGGGGAUAAGAGUUGUUUGAGUAAUACAUGAUGAUCGGUC